AUGCCAGGACAGAAGAAAUAUCGGAUUGCCUCGAUACCCGGCGACGGAAUAGGCCCUGAGGUGAUUAGUGCUGGGAUAACGGUGUUGAAGAAGCUGGCCUCGUCUCUGGGCAAGUUUGAGCUGGACUUUGAGACCUUCGACUGGAGCAGCGAGUACUACAAGAAACAUGGCAAGUACCUGCCGGACGAUGCCUUGACUACGCUGAAGAAGUUCGAUGCCAUACUCUUCGGGGCCGUGGGGGCGCCCGAUGUGCCUGACCAUAUAUCACUCUGGGGCCUGAGACUGGCUAUCUGCCAACCCCUGCAACAAUAUGCCAACGUACGACCAACAAAGGUCUUCCGCGGCACCAAGUCCCCCCUUCGAGCCUGCUCGCCGGGGGAACUGGACUGGGUGAUCAUCCGCGAGAACUCCGAGGGCGAGUAUGCAGGUCAAGGAGGCCGCAGCCACGCCGGCCGGGCCUGGGAGACAGCAACGGAGGUAUCGAUCUUUACUCGACACGGAGUGGAGCGAAUCAUGCGAUUUGCGUUUGAGACGGCGCAGAGUCGAGAGAGGAAGCUGCUGACGGUCGUGACGAAGAGCAAUGCACAACGUAAUGGGAUGGUGCUCUGGGACGAGGUGGCGGCCAAAGUAGCCGCGGACUACCCAGACGUGAAGUGGGAGAAGAUGCUGGUGGAUGCGAUGACAGCUCGGAUGGUGUUGAAGCCACGGAGCCUGGAUACGAUUGUAGCUACGAACCUGCAUGCCGAUAUUCUAUCAGAUCUGGCGGCGGCCCUGGCAGGCUCCAUUGGAAUAGCACCCACGAGCAACCUUGACCCGACACGCGAGAAUCCAUCGAUGUUCGAGCCCAUCCACGGCUCUGCAUUCGACAUAACCGGGAAAGGCAUCGCCAACCCCGUAGCAACCUUGUGGACGGCAUCAGAGAUGCUACGGUGGCUCGGGGAGAAAGAGGCGGCCGCUCUGCUGCUGGAGAGUGUCGAGGCCGUGUGUGAGAAAGGAGUGGCCACGCCAGACUUGGGAGGCCAGCAGACCACCGCCGAGGUGACCAGCGCCGUAUGUGAGGAGAUUGAGGGCCGGUUGGGGAGGUAACUGUUUUGGCAAACAGCUAGGUUGAGGAUACAUUGGACGGUGUAUUAUUGAGUAAUUGAGUAUGAUCGAUGGGCCUAGUAAUGAAUGUCCAAAGAGUGAGGCGGCCGUCCGUCUUUGUCUAGCCCCUUAUAUAUCAUCCUCCUUUGUACGUAUCAACGCUUGUAAAAUAAGGGCCCUGGUGGAACUGGUCAGGGCUUUAUAUUUCAUGUAAUAUUAUGGCCAUCGAUGGGUCGCAGGCUUCAAAAUAAAAAACUCUGCAAGCAGCAUGAUUUGAA